AUGUGUAUCUGGACUCCAAAUCAUUUGAAAAAAAAACAAGUUAUGUCAUUCAAUAUUCGUUCUCAAUUAAGUUCUUUUGAAACGGAACUUAUCAAUCGUGUUCAUGCUCAUUUUCCAAAUAAUGAACCAACAAAAUUUCUUUUUUUCUAUACAAAAGCAUCUCCGUUUGGUAAUUUUUAUCCGAGUAUAAUUAUUGAUAAUGGUAUUCAAUUUCAUUGUACUGAGCAAUAUAUGAUGUAUCAUAAAGCAAAAUUAUUUAAUGAUGAUGAGACUGCUCAAAAAAUUCUUGAAGCAACUACACCUGGCAAAUGUAGAGGAUUAGGAAGACAAGUUAACCAUUUUAAUGAGACUGUAUGGACUAAUAAUCGAACAAGAAUUGUUUCCGAUGGAAAUUAUCUCAAAUUUACACAACAUGCAGAUUUAAAAGAACAAUUAUUAAAUCAUCAGGACACAUUAUUUGUUGAAGCUUCACCAACAGAUACUAUUUGGGGCAUUGGAUUAGCAGAAGACGAUCCAUUAAUCAAACAGCGAUCUACUUGGAAAGGACUUAAUUUAAUGGGUUAUCUUCUAACAGAUAUUGCUUAUCGUUUACGUAAUGAAAAUUGA